AUGUGGACCAGCUAUUCGAUCUUUCCGGUACUCUUCCUCUUCUUCUUGGCACUCACUUUUGCUGAGCAGUCUUGCAAAUGUACACCUAACGACGCUUGUUGGCCUUCGCCAGAAACUUGGAACAGUCUGAACGCUUCCGUUUCUGGCAAGCUGAUCAGAAAUACGCCUCCUGCUCUAUCCUGUUACCCAGGCCCAUAUCAUAACGAGGCAGAAUGUGCCUACGUAUACAGCCAAUGGUCAAAUUCAUCGUUUCAAUCACUAUCACCAGUAGGAUACGUCUUUCCCACUGAUGAUCCAUGUCCUCCUGUGGACGUUAGCUCUGGACAGAAGGCAAAAGAGUGUGCCCUCGGCCCAGCUCCAAUCUACACCAUCAAUGCAACUGAGCCAGAGGAAUUGGCUACUGGGAUAGCGUUUGCGAAGAAGCAUAAUAUCCGCCUCGUGGUGAGGAACACUGGUCAUGAUAUACUGGGGAAAUCCGAGGGUUAUGGGGCGUUGCAAAUCUGGAUCAAAUAUAUCAGGAAAGGAAUUAAGUUCCACGAGUCCUACGCUCCAUCUGAUGGGUGCAAGAGCACGACGUGGAAUGGAUCGGCACUGACUAUAGGCGGAGGGUACGUAUGGGAGGACGCCUAUCAGGAAGUGUUUAGACGUAAUAUGACGAUUGUUGGAGGCGGAGAUACGAACGUGGGCUGCAUCGGUGGGUAUACACAAGGCGGCGGUCACUCUCCUGCGUGCCAUGACUACGGACUGGCAGCAGAUCAGGUGCUCGAGGCCCAAGCUGUGCUGUCAAACGGUAGCAUUGUCACGGCCAAUCCAUGCCAGAACCCUGACCUCUACUUUGCCCUUAGAGGCGGUGGCGGAGGCACGUAUGGUGUAGUUACUUCGAUGACUGUCAAAGUGUACCCAUCGAAGCCGGUCAUUGCGCAGAGUCUCGUUAUCCGGCCUGUCGGGAACAAUACCAAGGCUCUUUUGGAUGCUAUCACUGAAAUCUAUGCCCAUUCACCAUCCCUCUCCGAUACAGGCUUCUCGGGCUACGGAAUUUGGUCUAUCAACAGCCCUGUCCCUAUAUACAAAAACUUGACGAGAGGAUAUUAUCACACUUUCGCGGCAAUGGGACAGUCACAACAUAAAGCAGAAAAGGCCUUUAGACCUCUCUUUCAUCAACUAAAAAAGUACAACGGCACCAAAAUAUCUAUCUCGCUUGAAUGGGUUCAAUUUCCGACUUAUGGCGCUUAUUAUCGCACCAUGUGGAAUCUCCACAGUCCAGUGAGCCCUGCUGCCCAGUCUACGGCUUCGCGAAUGCUCGACAAGCGUGCGUUGACAAGCAGCCGUGCUAUGCUCCGAGAUACGAUCAACGUCGUGGCCGGCACUCCGGAGCAACAGACAGUCAAUACCCUUGACUUGGUCGGAGGAGGGAAGAUUUUUGAGGAUGCAGAAGACAAGCUCUCUGGCGUCAAUCCUGCAUGGAGAUCUACUUAUGUCGUGCAUCUUUUGACAAGAGGCUGGCCUGCGGAUGCGGAUCCAGCCACAGCUCAAGCCGUGAAAGACGACAUUACAUACACUAAGAUUGGCGCGAUGAGAGCCCUAUCACCUGGUAUGGGCAGCUAUAUGAACGAGGAUGAUCGAUACAACCCGUUCUGGAUAUCUGACUUCUUCGGUUCCAAUUAUGACCGUUUAGCGUCAAUCAAGAGGAGAUAUGACCCAGACGAUGUUUUCUACUGUCCGAAGUGUGUUGGAAGUCUGAGUUGGGGUGAAAGAUAUCUGCCUGGGAAGGACUAUGGCGCUCUUUGUCUCGUCCAGACGUGA